AUGACUGGGAAAAAUCAAUUACCAGCACAUGUUAGAGCAACAGAUGCUAUUCAUAGAUUAACCGUUUUAGGACUCGUGGGGUUCUGUGUUAUUGGAGGUGGUUCAAUAUUAUUUAAUAUUUGGGCAAAUUCAGAUUAUUCACCUUUUAAUAAAAAUAAAUUAAAAUUUGAUCAAGAACAAUAUCAUGAAGUUAGAAAUGAUGAAAAGAAACCUGAAUAG